UCACCUCUAUCUAAUGCUGAUCAAGGUGUUUAACACCUACUACAAACACUACCUACUGAAACUUUCACUUGCGGGUUGGGGUAUUCCUGCUGUAAUUGUGGCAGUCUCUGUAGGAGUGAUGGAUUGCAAACAGUUUUAUGGAGUUAAACAGAUGACCAUGGCUGACACCAACCAAACUAGUUCGAUCUGCUGGAUCACUGACGACACCUUCUUCUACUCCUUGAACCUGGUAUAUUUCACCCUUGUUUUUAUCUUUAACACUGGCAUUCUCAUGGCAGUGGCUUCUAGCAUAUGUAAGAUGAAACAAGUGUUACAGACUACCUUAAAGACAGGAGCCACAGCUAAGGGGAAAUUGUGGGGAGACCGAGAGAGGCUUAACGCAUCCUGUAAGAGUGGCCUAACAUUGUUUGGUCUUACCUGCCUGAUGGGUACCACCUGGGGCCUGGCCUUCCUGGGUUCUGGAUAUAUCAACUACCCCAUUCUCUAUCUUUUCUGUAUCCUCAACUCCACACAAGGUUUCUUUAUCUUCCUGUGGAUUUGUCUGUCAGCAAAGAAGCAGAGAAAGAGGGCUAAGGAGGACCGAACAUCUUCAGCUCCUGUGAGAACUACAGAAAUCAAAUCUGAUUAGAGUUACUCUCUACCAUUUCUGCUCUACAUGUAAUCUUCUGUUAUGUUAGAUUUAAAAACACACUGAAACUUUAAAUACUAUUGCUUUAUAGUAUGUCUGUAUUGUCUAUAUGAUUUAAUAUUUUUUCUGUUUAUAUUCUGUUUAUUUAUUUUUUUCUGUUUAGUCAAUCAUAUAUAUUUUACCUCUAAUAUUCUUGAUAUGUAUAAUUGAGCAAUUUGUAUAUAUUAGAGCUAUUUCUUUUUUUUUUAAAAACUCUGUAACAUAUUUAAUUACUUUAGUCUGUUACUGUUAGUGUCUUGGA